UUAGUCGAGUACGCAGUAGAGCAACCAGUUACCUCGUUGUAUGUAACAUACGGUUCGCGCCAGUGGUUUACCGUUUGACUUUUAAUGGGAAUGUUGUGAAUAACAUACCUACGAAGUACGAACACUGUUAUUAUCGGCAUAUACCAAUAUCUAAUAGUUUCAAAACAUUGGAAGUGGAAAUGAAGAAAGCAGGCGGCGGCGGUGGCAAGACUCAAAUCGGCAGUUUAGGAAAGAACGCUAAGGUGGGCUCGAGCUUUCCUACUGGCGGCAGGCUGCUGAGCGUCUCAACAGGCAAGACCUCUACGGGCCCGAGCUUUAGAACAGCAAAACCACACAAGUCUUCCUCAAGUUUUGGCGUAAUAUGGAUACCACGCCGAAAAAUAAAUAAAUAUCACACAGAUAAAGUUUACAAUUCCAAUAAAAAUGUUCACCCUUCUCACAGAGCACCGUCUAUGUACAAUUAUAUGUCGGCAGAAUCGCCAAAUCAUGAGUUGAAGAACAAGGAUGACGAGUCAGCAUUAUUAGCCCCUGAGCAUUCUGGAAGCAGAGUGUGGGUGAGCGCCGGCGCCGUAGCCGCGGCGUCUGAACUGCCUGUGCCUGCUCCAGUCGGUGGGAACCCAGAAUACAAGCAUGACCUCCUCAACAGCGAGAAAGAUGAUGACCAGGAAGCAUCUGGUGACAAGGACAAGAAAAGCAAAGAGGACGAGCCUCAUAUAGAGAAGGAUAGAGACAGAGAGGAGAAGUCGGAGAAGGAGAAGGGGGACAAUGUGGACAGUGUGUUCCUGCGUUCGCCUCCUGCGCACAAACGCGCCGCCAGUGCGUCGCCGCCGCAGGAAGAAGACUGUGGAAUCAAGUGUCUCUACUACACGUUGCAGUGCUGCGACUGCGUCCUUAUGUAAGCUGGAUACGCCGGUUUUUAUUUGUACAGAAAUAUGUCAUCUUUCUUAGCCACAACGUGUACACCGGCAGGGCCGAGUGCGAGAACGCCAAACUACGGGCGUUCGUUAUUUAAAACAUGAAACGACAGUACUAUCCUGUUAAAUAUAGGUGUACUAAUACAGAGAUAAUGAAAUUCUGCUAAAAUACAGUUGUUUUUAUCAAUGAACUUUCCAAAAGAAUAUGUAAAGGAACUUUCCGGGGUCCAUUCCUUAAAAGCAGUGGCAUACGCAAAGUCUACAGCUAGGGUAAGCAAUAUUUAGUGGCAGGUCCUAAUAAAAAUACUACAUGUAGGGUAAACAGCGCUUUUAUGCUUGUAAAACUUGCACGCCACUGCUUAAAGAUGUCGAGGUUAAUACUCCUCCGAGGAGAUAGGAUUUUAUGUUAUUAACUUAUGUUUAAACGCCUACCAGAAAAGUACCUAUUUUACUACAAAGAAAAUUAGAAAUACCUGCCAGAAUGGAUUAAUGCUCACCAAAUCGUGUUUCAUAAAGUAUUGUAAAAAUGGACCUAUUUUCUUUUUUAUUCUAUGCCAUAAAGAUUUAUAAACGCCUUUAAAGCUAAUUUCAGGCCAAAUAUUUUAUAUUGUCGCUAAAUAGAUGUUACCAAUAUUUUAUGUCAUGGCUUUCAAUUUAGUCAGUUAUAAUGAAGCAAAAAAGCUAGCGGUCAAUACGUGAGUGGGCACCUUUAGCGCCUCAAUAGCUCAACCGGUAAAGGAGUGGACUGAAAACCGAAAGGUCGACGGUUCAAACCCCGCCCGUUGCACUAUUGUCGUACCUACUCCUAGUACAAGCCUGACACUUAGUUGGAUUGGAAAGGGGAAUAUUAGUCAUUUGACAUGGCUAAUAUUCUUU